AUGCUGGACGAAAAAGAUUAUAUUCCAGGAACACUGGAAGAAGUUUUCUCAGACGAAGGACUUAUAAAAUGCUACAAUGGAACUUACAACUGCAUUCGCCAGACAGAAAUUUUGGACGACUGGCUCGGCCCUUGGAUUUCCUUCCUUUGGUUCUUGUUUCUCAUCGCGUCCGGUUUUUCCAUCCGAAUGCUGUACAAAACAUAUGUCAAAUUUCGCGAUACGUUGGCGGAGAGGAAAGAAGAUGGGCAAUAUGAGUUUAAAGAAGGGCUCGCGUAUGAUGUUGAUACGGCGCUAGGAGUUUGGAAGAUUCAUGAGAAGCCGGUCGAGAAGAGGAUCAAAAUUUUGUACAGAAUCUACUGCAUUCCGCUUCUCAUUGCCUGGUCCGACCUCUUCCUUGAUAUCGGCUACGUAUCGUCCUUCGUCUCCAACGAGACCAGAAUGUUAAACGAGUUCAUUCACGUCGAAAACUCAGCUUUCAUCAUCAUGGGAAUCUUCGACAUCGUCGGCUGUUUCCGAAUUUUCUUAUGCGGAGUUCUUCUUUGGAAAUUCACGGAAAAACUCGACACUGAAUCUGGCGCAACUCUGGCCAGAAUUGAAGUGCACAUGGAAGUGAUCGUCAUCGCUUUUGCUUUCAUCCUCGAAGAUUUCGCUGAGCUUUUCGUCGAAUAUUUUGUUGUCGAGAAAUUCAUUACUUAUUAUGAUUACGAAACGAGUGCUCAAAGUUUCGCGGCUGGAAUCAGCUCUGUUACGCUGAAUUUGAUCGCUCUUUUGAGCUUUCUUGCCUUUGUGAUGAACUUCAGGAAGCAGCAUAAAUAUCAAAACGUCGCGAUGAACAGUCUUUCGAUGGUUGUUCCGCUGAUGGAGCUCGUUCUUUCUUCUCUUCGAACUUAUCGCUUUUUAUUCCAAGCUUUUGGAUACCAGAAAUUCAGACCUGGCUGCGUCUGGCUAGCAGCGAUUGACACGGACGAGAACAACGAACCGCUCUACAUUGCCGAUCAGCAUACUUUCAGCAAAGAGUGCUUUAGACCUCUUGAUUGGAUAAUGGUGAUUUUGAUGUGUUCCUAUGCGCUCAUUCUCAUCGUCUUCAUCUUUGUUUACAUCUUCAAAAUCCGCCCAGAAUAUCAACUCGAGCUCGCAAACAUGACCCCAGACAACCUCCUCGGCGACCUCAAAAAGCUUCCCACAGAAGUGAACAAUCGCGUACUAAAGCCUGUCGUCAAACCGGUCACCUAUGUCGCCAGUCUUGGAAAAACGAAGAAAGAAAAGACUGACAGUAAAGAAUCAGAAGAAGCAAGUGAAAUGCUUCCUGUAGAUUAUGAUCCUGAUGCCAAGCAAUGA